CGCAGAAGAGAGAGACGCCAGAUCCCCUCUACAGAUUUGUUUUCUUUCUUUUCUGUUUUUUCUUUUUAUUUUUGUUGUUUCCUUUGACGCUAAUAUGAAUGAAAUCGAAUACAUUGUGGUUUCCUAUAAGUGUAUAGCCUAUUAUGUUAAUUGUCUUGUUGAGUGACGCUGUUAACGAUCGCGAAUGAAGGACAAAUGUGGAAUAUUUUCCCCGGAUGCCGUAUAUUUCCAGUCUGCAGAUCUGGUCCUAUGGUCCAGUAUCACACAGUGAUCACAGUUCACACCUGCAGUGAAGCUCCUCACACAACAAUUCACCAAUAAAUACUGGGAAUAUUCACAUCAUCCUACAAGAGAAGGACAAACUCCAUGUGUAGCAGCUGAAAUCUGUGUGACUGUUAAAGAUGGAGUUUAUUAAAGAGGAGAUUGAAGACAUGAGUGAUCCAAACCAUCCAGAAUAAAACAUGAAGAAACUGAGGAACAAAUAGACCAGAUGGAAGUGAAGGAGCAAAGACACACAUUAAAUGAAGUAAAGAAACAUUCUGAUUUCAAAGCUCAAGGAACUAAAGCCCAAAAGUUGCACACCUGCUUACAGUGUGGAAAGAGUUUCCAAAAUAAAGGAACCCUUAAGACACAUAUAAGAAUUCACACUGGAAAGAAAUAUACAUGCACUCAGUGUGGAAAGAAUUUCACAAAUAAAGGAAACCUUAAUGUACACAUGAGAAUUCACACUGGAGAAAAACCGUAUAUAUGCGCUCAGUGUGGAAAGAGUUUUUCUCAAGCAUCAGGUCUCAGUUAUCAUCUGCUCCGUUACUCUAGAGAAAAACCAUUUAAGUGUGAUCAGUGUGGUAAAGAUUUUAAUUGGUCAGCAAAUCUAAAAAAACACCUCAAAGUUCAUUCAGGUGAGAGGCCUUAUGUGUGUUCUCUCUGUGGAAAGACUUUUUCACGACUGGACAGUUUGAAACAGCACCAGAAAAUACAUAAUGAAGUGAAAGAUCAUGUAUGUUCUGAGUGUGGGAAGAGCUUUACUACAACUGGUGAUCUGAAGCUGCACCAAAGAAUUCAUACUGGAGAAAGACCUUACAAGUGCUCAUUUUGUGACAAGAGUUUCAGUCAUUCUAGAAACCUAAAAAUGCAUGAGCAAGUUCAUACUGGAGAAAGACCUCACAAGUGCUCAUAUUGUGACAAGAGUUUCACUCAGUCUGGAAACCUGGAAUCUCAUGAGCGAGUUCAUACUGGAGAGAAGCCGUACCACUGUACCCAGUGUGGAGAGUGUUUCAAAGAUGCAACAGGUUUAAAAAAUCAUCUGUUUAUUCACUCUGGAGAAAAGCCGUUCAAGUGUGAACAGUGUGGUAAAGAUUUUAAUUGGUCAUCAAAUCUAAAAAGACACCUCAAAGUUCAUUCAGAUGAGAGGCCUUAUGUGUGUUCUCUCUGUGGAAAGAGUUUUUUAUGGCAAAAGAGUUUUAAACUGCACCAGAAAACACAUGAUGAAGUGAGAGAUCAUGUGUGUUUGGACUGUGGGAAAAGCUUUACUACAAUUGACAUUCUGAAACAACACCAAAGAAUUCAUUCUGGAGAAAGACCUUACAAGUGCUCAUAUUGUGACAAGAGAUUCACUCAGUCUGGACACCUGAAAUCACAUGAGCGAGUUCAUACUGGAGAGAAGCCGUACCACUGUACCCAGUGUGAGAAGAGUUUUAAACGUUUAUCAAGCCUUCACAUUCAUAAUGAAAUAUGUAGGUGAACAACAUUGUUUUCAUGUCAAACAGUAAAUACUGUGAGAUAAACUAUUGAGUUUUUCCACUCAACAGUCAACAUACACUUACAGUGUAAAUAAAGCUUUUAUUUUCUGUCAGGAUUGAUUGUGUGCUACAUAGAUCUACAAUAAGAUAUAUUCAUGUCAUUUUCAUAUUUACUAAGUGUACUAAAUUAUCUGAUUGUACAUGCAAUUAUGAGAAAUAAAACAGAAACAACAUCUUG